AUGGGGAGCAGAGAGGGAGAAGAGCUCAUUAAUAAGUGUGUAUGUGGUGGCAAGUGGAUCAAGAAAGCCUUCUUGAAGUACUUGGAAUUCGAACUGAUUACAAGGAAGUACCCUAUGUCACUUUUGCCAGCCACGCCAACCUUCAAGACACGUAAUGGAAGUGGCCAAACUCACACCAGUAAAUGUGACACGGUGACCUUGAUCCCAGCCCCUCCCGUCAUCAUCAUUGCCCUGGUUGGGCUGGCAGGAAACACCAUUGUGCGCUGGCUCCUGGGCUUCCGCUUGCAGAGAAACGCCUUCUCCGUCUAUAUCCUCAACCUGGCGGGAACCAACUUCCUCUUCCUCUGCUGUCAGAUCAUACGUUCCCUGAAUGCACUCAUCAACUACUUCCAUUCUGUCUUCAUUUACAUCCCCAGCUUUUUCAUCACUGUGUCAUCUUUGUUCGUCACAGGCCUGAGCUUUCUCAGCAUCAUCAACACGGAGUGCUGCCUGUCUGUCCUGUGGCCCAUCUGGUACCGCUGCCACCGGUCCAGACACAUGUCAGCUGUCACGUGUGCUCUGCUCUGGGCCCUGUCCCUGCUGCUGAGCAUCCUGAAAGGGAAUUACUGUGGCUUCCUGAUUAGAGAUUUUCACGAUGAUUGGUGUCCAUUGUUUGAUUUCAUCACUGUCAUGUGGCUGAUUUUCUUAUUUGUGCUUCUCUCUGGGUCCAGCCUGGCCCUGCUGACCAGAUUGCUGUGUAGCUCCCAGUGGGUGCAGCUGACCAGGCUGUAUGUGACCAUCAUGCUCAUGGUGCUGGUCUUCCUCCUCUGUGGCCUGCCUUUUGGCUUCAAGUGGUUUCUGUUGUACUGAAUUCAAGAUCGUUAUAGUAUGUUCUCAUAUUUUCUUAGAAAGACAGGGAUUAUCCUGUCUAGUCUUAACAGCAGUGCCAACCCUAUCAUUUACUUUUUUGUUGGCUCCUUUAGACAGCAGUGGCAGCUGCAGCAAACCCUUAAGUUGGUUCUCCAGAGGGCUUUGGAGGACGUAACUGAGAUGAGGAAAAGUGGAGGAAGCCUUCCUCAGGAAACCAGGGAGACUUCAGGAAGCAGUUUCAUGUAG